GGCAGGGCCGGGGGCUCCGCGCAGGCGGCCCCGGGAGGGCGGGGCCGGGCCGGGGAACCGGGAACUGGGAACCGGCCCCGGGCCCCGGCACCGCCGGUGGGGGCUGCGGGGCCCCCGAGACGGGCUAAGCGGGACCCCCAGGGCUCCUGCCGGCCUGAAGAGCCGCUCCGCCAGCCCCGAGCGUAGCGGCCGCAGGGCCCGGGUCUUCCCCGUGAGGCGCCAGCCCCUGGUUUGCUUCCAGCGGCUGAGACGGGUUCCAGGUCUCUGCCCUCGCCGCCUGGCUGUUACCACAGGGUGCGUGCUCCGGGGAGGCAGCGCUCGGUGCUGAUACCAUCAGCUCAGGAUGGAGGUGCGAGGCCCUCGGAGGAACCCCAGCUACCUGUCCGAUCUCUACCAGAACAUGCUGCGGGCGGAGGGAGCAGCGGCACGAGGGCAGCAGCAGCAGGUACCAGCAGCACGUACCAGCAGCAGCACGUCUGUGCUGAGCAGUGCCUCAGCCAAGGGGGGACCUCAGACAAACCAGCUUAAGAGCAGCACUUCCAGCACCUGCGACCCAGCGUUACGGCCCAUCAUACGCCGCCGGGCGAGAUCGUUGCCUACAACACCUGAAAGGAGGAAGCGAGCAGCGGUGCAAUGCCAAGUUCCCAGGUGCCAGAGCCGUAUGAACAGGGUGAGGUUUGCUGAUGCUCUGGGCUUGGAGCUCACCGAAGUGAAAGUCUUCCAGACUGGGGAGGAUCCAUCCAUCCCCUUGCAUGUCCUUUCCAGGCUGUCCAUAAACUCAGACCUCUGGUACAGCAGCUUGGACUUGGAGUUCACCAUGCAGUGCUUAGUCCCUGACUUCCAGCAGCCUGCAGACUGCAUGGAUUUCUCUGCCCGACUUCAGGAGCAGCAGGUGUGUCUUGAACGAGUGACCAGUUCAGAUCUGGGGCUCAGCGGCACCAUCCAAGUUUGCAAUGUUGCUUUUGAGAAGCAGGUGUCUGUGCGGUACACCUUCAACCAGUGGAAGAGCCUCCAUGAAGUGGCUGCUCAUUGGCACAGUAGCAUCCCUGAGAAAAAUGGGCAGGGUCAGGUUGAUGUUUUCACAUUCUUUCUCCCCGUGCCUCCUUUCCUCCUCCAGCUGUCUUCAGUAGUCCAGUUUGCAGCAAGGUAUCAAGUCAACGGGCAGGAGUAUUGGGAUAACAACAGGGGCAAAAACUACAGUCUGACUUGCCGGACUCACCCCCUCAAGAUGCCUAGAGAAUGUGAGGAGAGCUGGAUCCACUUCAUCUGAAUGAAAGGAAGUGGCUGCGGAGCAGCUUUGCGAGUUUCAGUGGCCCUCUCUGUGCUCCUGUGGCAACAGUCCCCUCUUUGAAACCUACUGAACGUGGUGGCAGUGUUUCAGGACAGGCAGGUAGCCAACAACCUGUACAAACUGUUCUAAACCUCUCAGAGAGUAUAAAGGGCCAAAAUGUGUAGAGUUACAUCUGCUGAAAGCCUGUGUGAUCUCUUGUGUGUGAACCAAUGCAAUUCAAAGGGAUGCUGCCAGGAUAUUUUGCAGAGAUCAAAACAGGACACUUCAUGUUGCUAGUCAUAUUCUAGAUUUCAUAGAAUAUUUCUAACAGAUCUGUUUUACUAUUUUGUACUGUUUUUUUAAGUGGUCAGUGUGGCUUUACUCAGUUUUUGUUUCUAAUUCUGUUUGUAUUAUCUCACCAAGUCUGGCAUUGUUCCAGUUAUGCAUAAUUUGCAUGGCAGACACUGUAGGGAAGUACUUGUAUUUAUAUACUUUAUUUUUAAUUAAGACUGUUAACCAUGUUAAAUAAUUCCAUUAGUUUUGGGGUUCAGAAUUAACAAAAUGAGCAAAACCUACAGGAAAAUGUCCAAUCAGCCCAUUUUUUUGUUUGUUUGGUUGUGUUUUUUUUAGGAAAAAAAAGAAGUGCCUUUUCUUAUCUCCCCUGUUGCGAUUGUUACCGGAGUGUAUGAAGGCAGGUCUUCCUGAGGAAGUUCUUGUCUUUUCCACAUGACAUACCAGUAGGUUUCUCCUCCAGGUGGUGGUACAGGAAUUGUUCUUCCCUUGUGCAACCGUUCUUACUAAGGGAAACUAGAGGGAUUUUGCACUCGUGUUACAAUUACACUUGUAGAUCUCAAAGCACUGUAAGAAUGCUAUUGAUCUUAUACUCAAAAUGAAGCAAAUAUGAAAGGUGAAAGAAAAGCUAAUACAUGGAUCUGUAAGCAGCUCAUUGGAACAGUGUGCUGGAAUCCCAGCUGGUUGUUCCCCAGCAUCCCAAUGUCAUUGCAGCAGUACUUUCUGAAUGCUCUUAGCUACUUCUGGUUAUAAACCAGCUGAACUCCAAGACUGCAUUCCUUGCAACUCCAAGCAGGAACUCCAAAGUAAAGUGAUGUUUUUAUUUAUCAGUAAAAAUGAUAUUUACAUGUGUUCACAGAUUCCCUUCUAUAGGAGGGAAAGCACAGCAACACUCAUGUAUCAUCUACCCAAUAGAUGCUUCCUACUCUGCUACUUUUACUGUGAGGAAUUAGUGUGUCUUCAGAUUGGCAACAGGCUUGGUGACAGACAUAUCUAGUAAGUAAAAGAUUUCCCAUUGCUUUUUUGCCUACAUAUGCAGCACUUCAUGCAAAGUUUAUGUAUACAGCCUAAAUUUUCAAAACUGCCUGGCUGGAAGUAUUAGAAACGCUGCUUUUCAGAAAAGCUCUGCUAUGAAAAUCAUGUAGUGUAUUCAGGCACCUUAUUUUAGAUUGCUGCUUAUUCAUCAAAAUCACAAGUUAUUUUUAAAAUCACAGAUGUAAUCAGCACGCAGCCAUAUAUCAGUCUAGAAUGUCCACUGAGUAAUUCUGGAACCGUGCAAUCCCCAAGAAAACUUUUGUGUCUGGCAGCUUCAUGUUGUUACUUCGUUGUGCGACCUAUUUAGCAAAACCAGGAUUUGAAGUGAACAAGCUGCCCAGUUCCAUUAUGUCUUUGGCUUUCAAAGGAGCCAGUCGUGACUGAUGGUUCUAUGAGCUGCUGAGGAGCUCUUUCAGAGUACUGAGAAAACUCAAUCCUAUUGGAAACCAUUGAGAACUGACUGUGUUGGAAUGCAGUAGGAUAGAACUAACCCUAUGCAAAUUAACUUGAACUUAGGCAUUUUGCAUUUUGUUCUUUGUUUUGAAUUGCAUAUUUAUAGUUUGUUCCAUACCAGCAGUCCAAUGUGUACAGCUCUGAAACUGAUUUCAAAGCAAAACUGUUGAAUUAGAGGUUAUUCUCCGUGUUUUAGGGUAUUUAGUCAGCCUUCUAGGGUGAUUAAACAUGCUUCGUUGGCUGUUGUCUUAGUAGGUAAGAGACAUAUUUUUAAAAAACUAAUAGCAUUUGCAAGUCGUGUUCAUUUUCAUUCUCUAAUUUGGUACAUUCUGGUAGUAAUUGCUGUUAAUGGAGUGGCAGGUUACAUGCAAUUUUGAUUUCUAAGCUAAGUGAAAUGUCCACAGAUCAUGCAUUUGAUUUAUAUAGCUUACAUAGGUAUUCAGUAUAGCAGCAGAAAUACAAGAUGUACUUUUAAUGUCUUGUUUUCAGCAGUACUAAGCACUUGUCAGUACUUGAAUUCAGUUGGGGUUGCAAGGGCUUUCCCCUGAGAGUCAAGUUCUAAUUAUUGCUUUUACAGUAAGUGUCCCUACUUUCAAUAACGAUGGGUUUUUAACUUGUAUCUAUAGUGGUCAAUUACCAGUGGUUAUCUGUGGGUAGGGAACAGUAAAAAUCAUCAUUUCUUUAUUAAUGUUUUGCAUAAAAGAACUUUCAUUUUCCUUUUAAGAGAAAAUGCAUGCCAGUGGUGCUUUAAUUUUGUAUUGGAGCACUGAGAGGUCAAAAGCUUAAAUUGAAAUUGAUUUGAACAAUCAACGCAACUACUCCAUUGGGUAUUUCAUAUCCAUUAAGGCAGGCAGAACACUUCUGAGAUGAGGGUGAGGCUGUACAAUGAUUGCUAGCUACAUGGAUUGAAAGAGUACUGCCUGCUUUCAUUCCACCUGCAUAUUUUCUGCAUCUGAGUUAGAGUGACCAUUAAUCUGGCAGCAACUCUUGUGUCGUAGAGAAUCAGUACAAGGAACUAGAACUCUGGUCUUCCUCAUAUGCCACAAAAAAAUGAGAGCUCCAUGACAAGGGGCACUAUUUGAUGCCUCCUGUGGUGGGCUUCGUAUGACUGAAUGGCAUACAGCAACACAGGACAUAGCGCAUCUGAACUAGUCAGCCCGGGCUUUCUGUAUAGUCAGUUGGGAUGUUGCCUGUAGAGUUAGCAGAGUUGCUGUGGUGUGCCAAACUGCAACAGCCCUGCUGAGCACACAGAGAACACCAGGGGUUGAGUCCUGCCACAUGAAAUUGUCAGUGUUCGUGCAGAUCGUGCCAAAUGAUGCCAACUGGAGUCUGCAGGUGUCAGGUGAGGUGAAACACGCCUGCAGUGACUGCAGAGGAAUCUUUCUUGGCAUGACCUGAAAUUCUCAUCCUUACAUUGGUGAAACUUUCUUGCUUAAGUAAUUCCAUUCAAGUUUAUUGAAUACUGCUGAAGUCCAUAGAAGUGGAGUUCUUACAUGUUUGUCAGCUAAGAAGAAACCAAACACGCAGGUACAUACAGAAGGGCAUGUGCUGAAUAAAAGGCACUAUUUAUUAUUCCCCUUCCUCUACUCUGCCUCCACCCCCACCUCCACCCCCCAAUUACUGUAUUUCUCCCAUUAGUAAUAAAACUGAAUUCUCUCCCAGCAGACAGUUAAAUUCCUUCUCUGCUGAGCCUGCUAUUUAACAGCAGUUUACAAUGGAUGUUGCUGAAGCCCAGUGUGACACUUGGCUUACUGGUAUUAAUAUGCUGUUGCCAUCUUCUGGGAGAGAAUCUUUCAUGCUAGCAAAUGUCAAAAUCUUGGUGUUAUUGCAAGCAGGGGGAGAUUAUGUAAAGCUGAGACUGUCAGUUUAAAGGUUAAAGUCAUGUACACCACAGUGUCAGGGAAAUGAGAACUGAAUAUCUCAGCAAAGUGAAUUUGGCUUGUAUUGUCUUCCUUCUGCAACUUCUCAGGGUAUUUGCAAGUGCAAAUUUUGAAUAUUAAAGUAUUGUUCCAAGUUGUUUUUUUUUUUUAAUCUCUUUGCACGUCUUGCACUGGUGGAGAAGAGCUGACAGCAGCUGUUACUAACUCAGUUGUCUGUCAUUACUGGCUGAGUUGAGCAAGCCUAGCUUCUAAUGGAACUGAGCAUGGUCUUGGGAUUAAUUCAAUAUAUGAAAAACGUUUUUCUGUAGGGAGCUUGCAAGCUGCUAAAUAUUCACUCAUGAGGACUGAGUCCUGCCACAUGACAUGAAAUUUGCACUCAUUUUUUCCUGUCACAUUCAGUAGUGUACAUCAAAAUAAGUCUAGUUGACAAAAAAAAAAAA